UCUCUGUUGCAACAACAGCAAGAAAGUCAAGCGGAUCGGGUCCCGACUGCAAGAACAGUUGGGAACCAACGACCUUUGGUAUCCGUCGCCAAUGCGGGCGUUCACAAGAUCCUCCAGAUGUUGAAGGAUACCCGCUUGACUUUCGGUACGCUGGGCAUAAGCUACUUCGGCAACGACGUCACGGAAGGGAGAAUCCGCCCGGAGGCUGGAGCUGCCUGGGAAGAGCUGAUGGACUUGGGGGAGGAGGAGGCCCAGCUAUGCGGGGUCAGCGUUGCGGAGUUUGCCCAUCGCUCCAGUCUUGGCGUCCAUCAUCGCAGAGACCAGCGAGAAGCUGAUGAAGCAGAAGAAGAACGGCGAUGCAAAAAGAACGGCGACAGGAAGGGGGACAAGAAGCUCGGCUGGUUCGUGGAAGGGAAUGAAGAUGUCAACGAGAGCGGUGAGGGAGGUUCCGAGGAGCUCAGAUCCUACUUUAGCACCGGACUCCGGUGUUUGUUCCGUGGGAAUCGCAAGUUUUGCAUACCAGCCCUGCAGGGGCGGCGGCGCCCCCUGCGCGUGCUGCGGGGUGCAGCUGCGCUGGGUGCGGCUGUGGUUCUCACAGGUUGGCUCACGGACGCGCUGGCCAGGACCUUCCUGCUGCCGAGAAGCAGCGCAGGAAGCAGCGCCAUGGCCGGGCAUACACUGCAGAGAAGUUCGCCGCGGCCGCACUUCGUUCUCCGCGCUGAGGGCCCCGAUGCUGCGGAGGGCGUCCGAGUGGGCCUCAUCCAUGUGCCGGAGUUGAAGGACAAGGCCGAGGAGAUGCGCGAGGCCCUGGAGAA